AUGGAGGAUGUUGGAGUUGGAGUUGCUGCUGGUGCCGCGGACCCUGGAGCUGGAGCUGGUGCUGGUGCUGGUGCUGCUGGCGCAGGAGCUGCUGGUGGUGCUGCUGGAGGUGCUGCUGGAGCUGGAGCUGCUAGAGGCGCUGCUGGUGCGCUCUCUCCCCAGCGGCUCCGAGAGUGGUACGCUUGGCGCUGCAGUCUCCGGAGUGGAGCUACUGGUGCUUUGGAUCCUGGAGCUGGAGCUGCUGCUGGUGCAGCGGACCCUGGAGCUGGAGCUGCUGCUGGUGCAGGAGCUGCUGGUGGUGCUGCUGGUGGUGCUGCUGGUGCUGGAGCUGCUGGAGGCACUGCUGGUGCUGGAGGUGCUGCUGGUACUGGAGCUGCUGGAGGCGCUGCUGGUGCUGCUGGAGGUGCUGCUGGUGCAGGUGCUGCUGGAGGUGCUGCUGGUACUGGAGCUACUGGAGGUCCUGCUGGUGCUGGAGCUGCUGGAGCCACUGGUUGUGACGGUGCUCGUACUGGAGGUACUGGAGCUGCUGGGACUGGAGCUGCUGCGGGGGUUGGAGCUGGAGGUACUGGAGCUGCUGAGGUUACUGGUGGUGCUGCGGGAGUUGUCGCUGGAGACCCUGGGGCUGAGGGUGCUGGCGCUGUCUCUGCUGGUUCAGGAGGUGCUGAGCGGCCGCAGCCGUACUACGUUCCGCUCCUUCAGCAGGUUCUUGGCCUCCCGCCCUCCACUGGUCCUUCUCCUCCCCUACUGAGUCCACCACCUGUCCAGUCGCAGUCACAGUUACCGCUUGCCUCUCCGCUGCCUGGUCCUUCUCCUUACGCUGGGCCGACUAGAGGUCUUACAGAGCGUCGUGAGCCUGAGUCUCGUCCUGCGUCGCCUGAGUCUCGUCCUGAGUCGCCUGACGUGUCCCUCUACCGUCUCCUCCUGCGUCCUCUCUUCCUGACGUUGCUGACCCGCUGUCAGACCUUGCUCGUGCUGCCAGUCCUACUGUCACGCGUCUUCUCGCUAGUUGCUGAGCUUGUUGACUUUGCUGCCGCCUGUCGUCUAGACUACGCCGCUAGCCUUGUUGCUGAGUCUGAGUCUGUCUGUCCUCCGUCCGUCGGGGGUGAGUGUGCUCUUGGCACGGACGUCCUUGAGGACAGACAGGAGGAGUUUGAGUGGUUUGCCGCUGCUUUACCUCAUCUCGUGUCCAUGCUGAUUGCCCCUGAGGGAGACCCGGAUGCACCAGACAUCCCGACCCCGCGCUCUUACGCAGAGGCGAUAGAGGGUCCCUACUCCUCUCAGUGGCAGACAGCCAUGGACGCAGAGAUGGCUUCCUGGAAGUCCACAGGCACCUACGUCGACAAGGUUCCCCCACCUGGGGCGAACAUCGUCAGUGGCAUGUGGAUUUUCAGGGUGAAGCGGCCGCCGGGUUCUCCGCCUGUCUUCAAGGCGCGUUACGUUGCACGAGGCUUCAGUCAGCGAGAGGGAGUUGACUUCUUCCAGACCUUCUCCCCGACCCCGAAGAUGACCACUCUUCGGGUUCUGCUGCACGUCGCCGCUCAGCGUGACUACGAGCUCCACUCUCUUGACUUCAGCACUGCUUUCCUACAGGGUAGCCUGCACGAGGAGAUCUGGCUGCGCCGCCCACCUGGCUUCACUGGGUCAUUCCCUGCUGGUACCCAGUGGAGCCUCCGGCGGCCAGUCUACGGUCUCCGCCAGGCACCCCGUGAGUGGCACGACACACUGAGGACUACUCUUGCUGCUCUUGGGUUUCCUCCUUCUACUGCUGACCCGUCGCUGUUUCUACGCACCGACACCACUCUGCCGCCGUUCUACGUUCUCAUGUACGUAGACGACUUGGUCUUUGCUACUGCUGACACUGAGGCACUCGCCCACGUGAAGUCGGAGCUGCAGAAGAGACACACGUGCACAGACCUGGGUGAACUGACAAGCUAUCUUGGCUUGCGGAUCACCCGGGACAGAGCACAGCGCACCAUCACCUUGACUCAGUCACACAUGGUGCAGCAGGUCCUUCAGCGCUUCCGCUUCACGUACUCCACGCCUCAGCCCACUCCUCUGCCUACUGGUCACUCGCUCUCAGCUCUGCCUUCGGAUGAGUCCCUAGAGCCAAGUGGCCCGUAUCCAGAGCUUGUGGGCUGCCUCAUGUACCUGAUGACUUGCACUCGACCUGACCUUGCAUACCCUCUUAGCAUCCUAGCACGCUAUGUCGCUCCUGGCCGUCACCGGAAGGAGCACAUGGAUGCCGCUAAGAGGGUGUUGCGCUACUUGUGCAGUACGUCGGGCAUGGGGCUUGUGCUUGGAGGACGGAGCGACGUUGUCCUCACUGGGCACUCAGACGCUUCUUGGGCUGACGACCAGGCUACGCAGCGGUCGUCUCAGGGUUACACCUUCAGCCUUGGCUCUGGUUCAGUUUCUUGGCGUUCUACACGCUCGUCUUCAGUUCUCAGCUCCAGUUGUGAGGCUGAGAUCUACGCCACAGCCAUGGCUGCACAGGAGUUACGCUGGCUCACCUACCUACUGGCUGACCUGGGAGAGCGGCCUCGUUCUCCUCCAGUGCUGUACGUCGACAACAAGGCUGCCAUUGCCUUGUGUCAGGAGCACAGACUGGAGCACAGAACGAAGCACAUUGCUCUGCGCUACUUCCUUGCUCGAGAGCUGCAGCAGCGUGGUCAGCUUCGUCUUGAUUACGUGGCCACUCGGGCCAACACUGCUGAUGUGUUCACCAAGGCGCUUCAGCCUUGUGAUCAUCAGCGUUUCUGUACUGUUCUAGGCCUUGUGCCUACUGUGCCUCACUUGCUUACUUCUUGA